AUGCCCUCUCCAACGUCUCUCCCGGAACCGCAUUGUGAUCAGAUAGUACCGCUCGUCAAAUUCGUUGUGAUACAAGACGCGCGGUGUCGAGGCGGACAGCGCAACGCCGUUGGAAGGGUUGUGGAUGUAGUCCAGCGUUGCCUCGCCGAUCCGCCAAGCCGCAUUGACGCCGCCUACGUCGUUCACGAGUGCAAUCGGGCUCUCGGGGGACAGUGGGCGACCUUGCAGCGCCUGCUGGCUUGCGGGUUCGGACACAGCAAAGAACUCGCCAGCGCCAUCACUCCAGAACGGCCGAUCUGA